AUGGCCGAUUUAGAGUCAGUUGCCAACAUUUUGGCACUUUCAGUAGUGGCGUCAUCUGCAAAGUCAGCAGAACAACAAUUGAAAGAACUAGAACGCCAAGAAGGGUUCGCACUUACCCUAUUACAUACUGUUGCAUCGACAAACUUGCCAUUAUCUACCCGAUUAGCUGGGGCUUUGUUCUUUAAGAACUUCAUUAAAAGAAGAUGGGUCGAUGAGAAUGGGAACUACUUAAUUUCGACUAAUGAUGUAGAGCUUAUAAAAAAGGAAGUUAUCCGAACCAUGAUCCAAUUGCCCAACAACUUGCAGGUUCAGAUCGGUGAAGCAAUAUCUGUAAUUGCCGAAUCUGAUUUUCCGCAUAGGUGGUCAACAUUAAUGGAUGACCUAAUAUCAAGACUUUCAGCAGAUGACAUGGUAACCAAUGCUGGCGUUUUGAACGUUGCACACUCCAUUUGUAAAAGAUGGAGGCCUCUUUUCAGAUCAGACGAGCUUUUCCUUGAAAUUCAAUUAGUGUUAGACAAAUUUGCUGUCCCAUUUUUAACAUUGUUACAAUCAGUUGAUCAGCAGAUACAAGACAAUAGCUCGAAUAAGGCACAAUUGAGUAUUUUAUUUGAUGUACUUUUACUGUUAGUAAAACUUUACUACGACUUGAACUGUCAGGAUAUCCCCGCAUUUUUCGAAGAUAACAUGUCCGUUGGGAUGUCCAUUAUGCAUAAAUAUUUGAACUAUCAGAAUCCGUUGCUGGAGGACGAGAAUGAAGACGAUGAGGCAAGUGUCCUAAGCAAAGUCAAGGCUUCAAUUGCAGAACUAAUACAACUCUAUAUCUCCAGAUACCAAGAAGAAUUUGACCCAAUGGUGGAUAACUUCAUUCAAACCACAUGGAAUCUAUUAACCUCGUUGACCUCACAGGCAAAGUACGAUACUUUGGUUUCGAAAUGUAUGACUUUUAUGACUGCAGUAGCAAGAGUUCCAAAAUAUUUUGAACUCUUUAAUACAGAAGCUGCCAUGGAUUCCAUCGUGAAAGAAAUCGUCUUACCUAAUGUUUCUUUAAGAGAAUCUGAUGAAGAACUCUUUGAGGAUGAUCCAAUUGAGUACAUUAGAAGAGAUUUGGAAGGCUCAGCUUCAGAUACUCGUAGAAGGGCUUGUACUGACUUCCUUAAGGAACUUAAAGAAAAGAAUGAAUCGCUUGUUACUAACGUUGUUAUGGGUCAUAUAAAGAAAUUUUUCGAGGAGUACAACAGUAACCCAUUUGUUAACUGGAAACAGAAAGAUUUGUGCUUGUAUCUCUUCACAUCACUUGCAAUUAAUGGAAAGGUGACAAAUGCUGGGGUGACGUCCACAAACGUAAUGCUUGAUGUUGUGGCCUUCUUUAAGUCUGAUGUUAUACCUGAUUUACUAAACGACCAAGCACAUCCAAUUCUAAGAGUUGAUGCUAUCAAGUAUGUCUAUGUGUUCAGAAACCAAUUGAGUAAAGAGCAACUAAUAGAAAUCUUACCAGUCUUGGCGAAGUUCUUGCAACAUAAAGAGUACGUCAUAUACACAUAUGCUGCAAUUACAAUUGAGCGUAUUUUUUCGAUGAGACAAUCGACAGUUUCCAACUUGCUAGUAUUCUCAAAGAACGAUAUUUCUGGAAGCUCGGAACUUCUUUUGACAAAUUUAUUCAAUUUGAUUUUGAAGCAAGGCGUGUCACCUGAAAAAUUAGCCGAGAAUGAAUUUCUAAUGAAAACCGUCCAUAGGAUUUUAUUGACAGCCGAAAACUCAUUGGGGCCCUUUGCAUUAACAGUUCUCAACCAAUUGAUUGAAAUUUUGAAAAUUAUCUCUAAGAACCCAUCAAACCCAAUAUUUACACAUUACUGUUUUGAAUCUAUCGCUGUUAUCAUAAAGUAUUAUCAUGAGAAUUUAUCCACGUUGAUUGACGUAACUAUGCCAGUAUUUUUAACAAUUUUAUCUGAUGACAUACAGGAGUUUAUUCCCUACGUUUUCCAAAUUAUGGCCUAUAUUUUGGAGCUCCUACCGGCCGGUUCAGCAAUUCCACCUUCAAUUAAACAAAUUAAUGAAGCGUUGUUGUCUCCUGCCGUUUGGGAACUUGGUGGUAUUAUUCCGGCUGCUACGAGGUUAUUGAAAGACUUCAUCAAAAUUGACCAUUCUGUAUACACUGAUUUAGUUCCUGUUUUAGGUGUUUUCCAGAGACUAAUUUCGUCUAAAAGUUACGAUAUACAUGGGUUUGAACUUUUGGAGUAUAUUUUCACUUUUAUGCCAUCAGAAAGGUUGCAACAAUAUUUGAGACAGAUUGCAGUUUUAUUACUGCAAAGACUUCAAAACUCAAGAACUGAGAAAUAUCUCAAAAAAUUUGUUGUGUUUUUGGGCGUCUUAUCAUGUAAAUUGGGAUCAGAUUUUGUUGUUCAAUUUAUUGAUGGAGUACAAGAUGGCUUAUUCCAACAAAUAUGGACUAAUUUUGUUGUUGAAACAGUUUCCAAAAUCGGAAACCUCAUGGAUCGUAAAAUAGUAUUGGCUGGUACUCUAAAUACUGUCAUAUCUGGUAAUAUAUUUGCCACCAAAUACAGUUCCCUAAUAGUUCCAACGAUAGAUAUAAUCGUUAAAACAGCAAAUUCUGAAAGCAUUGCUAAUGCUCAUUCAGAAUUACUUGAUUAUGAUGCCACAGAAGAAAUUACCACAUUUGGUUCCAGUUUUAGUAGAUUGUCGAGUAUUAUAGAAAAGCCAUAUGAUCCUUUACCCGCUGUAGAUGUCCACAAUGGAAUAAGAAAAUACAUUGGUGAAGAGUUACUCAAAUUUGAUCAGAACGCUGCUGGAAACUUCUUGUCUCAAAUCCAGUCUCAAUUAUCUGAAGACGGGAAAAAUGCAUUAACAAAAUUAUGUGCUCGAUAG